AUGGAUGAAGAAUACGACGUCAUAGUGCUCGGAACGGGCCUCAAAGAAUGCAUUCUCAGUGGCCUCCUCUCAGUUGAUGGUCUCAAGGUACUGCAUAUGGAUAGGAAUGACUAUUAUGGAGGAGAGUCCACCUCUCUUAAUCUCAACCAGCUCUGGAAGCGAUUCAGGGGGGAGGAUAAGCCUCCAGAAACUUUGGGCUCAAGUAGAGACUACAAUGUUGAUAUGAUUCCCAAGUUCAUGAUGGCCAAUGGUGCUUUGGUUCGCGUCCUGAUUCACACCGAUGUUACUAAAUAUCUGAAUUUCAAGGCUGUAGAUGGUAGUUUUGUGUAUAACAAAGGGAAGAUCCACAAAGUACCAGCUAAUGAUGUGGAAGCACUUAAAUCUCCACUCAUGGGAUUGUUUGAGAAGCGUCGUGCUCGAAAGUUUUUCAUUUAUGUGCAAGACUAUGAUGAGAAUGAUCCAAAAUCUCAUGAAGGCCUGGACCUCAACAAAGUUACAGCACGAGAGCUUAUUUCGAAGUACGGGCUAGAUGACAACACGGUUGAUUUCAUUGGGCAUGCGCUAGCGCUCCACCGAGAUGAUUCUUACUUGGGCGAGCCUGCUAUGGAUUUUGUGAAGAGGAUGAAGGUAAUGGCUUGCUCCAUUCCAUCUCUCUUCUUAUGA